AUGUACCAGCAGCCGCAAUUCUUGCCCUACCCCCAGCCGUACCUAGGAAUACAAGCUCCGACUCUGUUCCGUGUCGGAGAGCUCGUCUGGUUCCAGAUGGCGUCUGGCUGGCGUCUGGGUAUUGUAUCCGUCACUGCUCCCACCAACCAGAAGCCCGGCGUCAAGCCCGAGAUCCAGAUCCUCCCAAUAUCCCACCAGCUUUUCAACCAGUCGCCGAUCCAGACGCUGGAAGCGACAGCACGCCCGUUCCUCGCCUUCUCCGUGCCCAACGUUAGUAUCCCGGAGCUGCAGAAUAAGGCCUACGAUGAGGUCAAUUGGGAAGCCUUCCUCCGCAGCCUCACCCCCGAGGAUACCCACCGUCGCGAGGUUGCCCUGCUCGAUUCCUCCAAAAUGGCCGCUCAGAAGGUGGGCGUGUCGUUCUCCGUCUUCAGCCGCAUCGCUGAGAAUGAAGGCGGCAAGAAGAUCGACUACCACGGCAUCUUCCUCGGCGCCGAGCGCAUCGAGCUCGGCGACGUCCUCCGCGUCCGCAUCUCACCCGAACAGAACCUCUCCGCCGCCGCCAACAACCUUCCCGACGCGCUGCUCGCGCUCCGUGAGAUCUGCACCGCCCCCAUCGAUGUCCCCGGUAUGGCCUUCUUUAAGGGCGAUAUCUACCAGCCCCUCACCGGUGACAACGCUCCCGCCACCGACGCCGCCACUACCGUGCCCGAGGACAAGCUCCCGCGGCCGCUCCGCGAGGAGAUGGUGUUCCGCAAGAAGUUCGCCCCUGCGGAGCGCUGGCGCUGCGUCCUGCUCAAGCAGAACGCCGUCCUCCGCGAGCCGGACCUUAAAGGCCGCUUCUACGCCACGCAUAGGCUGCUGCCACUGCUCGACGGUCAGGCCAAGGUUGCGGCCGAGGCACAGCAGGGCAUCGUUCGUGACGUGCAGCAGCGGCUUAACCAGCGCAUCGACACGUUCAAGACGGCCUACAUUGGUCAGAAGCGUUCCCGAGCCGACACCAUCGGCCCCGCGCUGCCUCCGGGCAGUGUCCUUCAAUUCGAGCCAUCCGUGCGCGAGGAGGGUGCUUAG